CGCGGAGGGCGUGGCCUGUGCGGGGCGGGACUUAUUGCCCGCGUGGUGAGGGAGCGUGGUCUCGCGCGUGCUGGCGUGCGCCGUCCCGCGGCGCCGCAGUCUUGUCCAGCCGGUCCCGGGGCGGCUAUGGCGGCCACGUUCUUCGGAGAGGUGGUGAAGGCGCCAUGCCGAGCUGGGACGGAGGACGAGGAGGAGGAGGAGGAGGGGCGGAGGGAGACGCCCGAGGACAGGGAGGUGCGUCAACAGCUGGCGCGGAAGAGGUGAGGCACCCGGAUAAGGGAGGCGCGCUCUCCGCUGCUGGAAGGUACGCGGGCCUCGCAGCCGCGACGGCACCGAAGGCCGGGGCUCCGCGGUCUUUCGAGUGACCCCCGCGGUUGCCGCCGCUCCGUGGCUCUGCUUGGGCCCUGGGUCUCCAUGAAGCCGCGGCGUCCGUCGGCGCCAGGCCCAGGGAGGUGCGGCUCCUUCGAAGACAAACAAAAACAUCUUUGGAAGUUUCUUUGCUAGAAAAAUAUCCGUGCUCCAAGUUUAUAAUUGCUAUAGGAAAUAAUGCAGUAGCAUUUCUGUCAUCAUUUGUUAUGAAUUCAGGAGUCUGGGAAGAAGCUGGUUGUGCUAAACUCUGGAAUGAAUGGUGUAGAACAGCAGACACUACACAUCUGUCCUCCACAGAGGCUUUCUGUGGGUUUUAUCAUCUCAAAUCCAAUCCCUCGGUUUUCCUCUGUCAGUGCAGUUGCUACGUUGCAGAAGAUCAGCAGUAUCAGUGGCUGGAAAAGGUUUUUGGCUCUUGUCCGAGGAAGAACAUGCAGAUAACUAUCCUCACAUGUCGACACGUUACCGAUUAUAAAACCUUAGAAUCCACUGGCAGCCUUCCUUCUCCUUUCCUGAAAGCCCUGAAAACACAGAAUUUCAAAGACCCUGCGUGUUGUCCAUUGCUAGAACAACCGAAUAUCGUACACGACCUUCCUGCAGCAGUUCUCAGUUACUGUCAAGUAUGGAAAAUCCCAGCAAUUCUGUACUUGUGUUAUACUGAUGUGAUGAAAUUAGACCUAAUUACAGUGGAAGCUUUUAAGCCUAUACUUUCUACCAGAAGCUUGAAGGGUUUGGUUAAGAAUAUUCCCCAAAGCACUGAGAUACUAAAGAAAUUGAUGACAACAAAUGAGAUUCAGAGUAACAUUUAUACAUGAUCUUAAACAUUGUUUUGUAAUGUAUAUUACUUGUCCAUUCCUUUAAGGGGAGCAACGUGCACUCUUUUGUAGAUUACUUUUGGGGGAUAUAUUUUGAGAACGAUGAAACGGAAUAAAAUUGUAAAAAAUUAA